GGGAAAGUGAGCCUGGAGCCGGAGCCCGAUCUCGAGCCGAGUGGAAGCGGCGCGUCCCGGGGCUGGUGGGCUCCCUGCUGCCGAGCGGAGGCAAGCGGCUGCGCAGCGAGGGUCUCGCUCGAAGGCCCGAGGAGUGGCAGCCUCCAGGCGGGCCGCUGCGGAGAGGGAAUGGUGCGCGGCGCGCCGAGAAGGAGGCGCAGUCCGUCCCUGUCCGGGUUAGUGAAUGAGGCUCUCCGCCCGGGCCGGCCCGGGGACUGUGUGCUGCGGGUCCCAGCAUGAGUGCGGGCCCCGGCUGGGAGCCCUGCACGAAGCGGCCCCGCUGGGGCGCCGCUGGAACUUCUGCGCCGACUGCCUCGGACUCCCGGAGCUUCCCUGGCAGGCAGAGGCGUGUUCUCGACCCCAAGGACGCUCCCGUCCAGUUCAGGGUCCCUCCGUCCUCGCCAGCCUGCGUCUCGGGGCGGGCGGGACCGCACAGAGGCAACGCCACCUCGUUUGUUUUCAAACAAAAGACUAUUACUACUUGGAUGGAUACUAAAGGACCCAAGACAGCUGAAUCAGAAAGUAAAGAAAACAACAAUACAAGAAUUGACUCCAUGAUGAGUUCUGUGCAGAAAGAUAACUUUUACCCACAUAAGGUGGAAAAAUUGGAAAAUGUUCCUCAGCUAAAUCUUGAUAAAUCACCCACAGAAAAGAGUUCACAGUAUUUGAACCAACAGCAGACUGCGAGUGUGUGCAAGUGGCAGAAUGAAGGGAAGCAUGCAGAACAGCUUUUGGCAAGUGAGCCUCCCGCGGGGACUCCGCUACCAAAGCAGCUUAGUAAUGCUAACAUUGGUCAGUCACCCCACACUGAUGACCACAGUGACACAGAUCAUGAAGAAGACAGAGACAAUCAGCAGUUUCUUACACCUAUAAAACUUGCAAAUACAAAGCCAACAGUAGGAGAUGGGCAGGCCAGAAGCAACUGUAAGUGCAGUGGAUCUCGCCAGUCUGUGAAAGACUGUACAGGCUGUCAACAGGAGGAGGUGGAUGUGCUACCAGAGAGUCCUUUGUCAGAUGUUGGUGCCGAGGACAUUGGAACUGGACCAAAAAAUGACAACAAAUUGACUGGACAAGAAAGCAGCCUAGGUGAUUCGCCUCCAUUUGAGAAAGAAAGUGAGCCUGAGUCACCAAUGGAUGUAGACAACUCGAAAAACAGUUGUCAAGAUUCAGAAGCAGAUGAAGAAACAAGUCCAGUCUUUGAUGAGCAAGAUGAUCGUUCCUCCCAAACAGCAAAUAAACUUUCAAGUUGCCAAGCAAGAGAAGCUGAUGGCGAUCUUAGGAAACGGUAUUUGACUAAGGGAAGUGAAGUUAGAUUGCAUUUCCAAUUUGAAGGAGAAAAUAAUGCUGGGACCAGUGACUUAAAUGCCAAGCCAUCUGGAAACUCUUCUAGCCUUAAUGUAGAGUGUAGAAGUUCCAAGCAGCAUGGAAAAAGGGAUUCUAAAAUUACAGAUCAUUUCAUGAGAAUUUCCAAGUCAGAGGACAGAAGAAAAGAACAAUGUGAAGUCAGACAUCAAAGAACAGAAAGGAAGAUUCCAAAAUACAUCCCACCUAACCUCCCUCCAGAGAAGAAGUGGCUGGGAACUCCUAUUGAGGAAAUGAGAAAAAUGCCUCGGUGUGGGAUCCAUUUGCCUUCCUUAAGACCAUCUGCAAGUCACACAGUGACUGUUCGGGUAGACCUUCUGAGAGCAGGAGAGGUUCCGAAACCUUUUCCAACACAUUACAAAGAUUUGUGGGAUAACAAACAUGUGAAAAUGCCUUGUUCGGAACAAAACUUGUACCCUGUGGAAGAUGAGAAUGGUGAGCGAACUGCAGGGAGUAGGUGGGAGCUCAUUCAGACUGCACUUCUCAACAAAUUCACACGACCCCAGAACUUGAAGGAUGCGAUUCUGAAAUACAAUGUGGCAUAUUCUAAGAAAUGGGACUUUACAGCUUUGGUUGAUUUCUGGGAUAAGGUACUUGAAGAAGCAGAGGCCCAACAUUUAUAUCAGUCCAUUUUACCUGACAUGGUGAAAAUUGCACUCUGUCUGCCAAAUAUUUGCACCCAGCCAAUACCACUCCUGAAACAGAAGAUGAAUCAUUCUGUCACGAUGUCACAGGAACAGAUCGCCAGUCUUUUAGCUAAUGCUUUCUUCUGCACAUUUCCCCGACGGAAUGCCAAGAUGAAAUCGGAGUAUUCUAGUUACCCAGACAUUAACUUCAAUCGGUUGUUUGAAGGACGUUCAUCAAGGAAACCAGAAAAACUGAAAACACUCUUCUGCUACUUUCGAAGAGUCACAGAGAAAAAACCUACAGGAUUGGUGACAUUUACAAGACAGAGUCUUGAAGAUUUUCCAGAAUGGGAAAGGUGUGAAAAGCCUCUGACACGCUUACACGUCACUUACGAGGGUACCAUAGAAGGCAACGGCCGAGGCAUGCUACAGGUGGAUUUUGCAAAUCGUUUUGUUGGAGGUGGUGUGACUGGUGCGGGACUUGUACAAGAAGAAAUCAGAUUUUUAAUCAAUCCUGAAUUGAUUGUUUCACGGCUGUUCACUGAGGUGCUGGAUCACAAUGAGUGUCUUAUUAUCACAGGUACUGAACAGUACAGUGAAUACACAGGCUAUGCUGAAACUUAUCGUUGGGCCCGAAGCCAUGAAGAUGGGAGUGAAAAGGACGAUUGGCAGCGGCGCUGCACGGAGAUCGUUGCCAUUGACGCACUUCACUUCAGACGCUACCUCGAUCAGUUUGUGCCUGAGAAAGUGAGACGUGAGCUUAACAAGGCUUACUGCGGAUUCCUCCGUCCUGGAGUUCCUUCUGAAAAUCUUUCUGCAGUGGCCACGGGAAACUGGGGCUGUGGUGCCUUUGGGGGUGACGCUAGAUUAAAAGCCUUAAUACAGAUCCUGGCAGCUGCUGCGGCUGAACGUGACGUGGUUUAUUUCACCUUUGGGGACUCAGAGUUGAUGAGAGACAUUUACAGCAUGCACACUUUCCUUACCGAGAGGAAGCUGGAUGUUGGAAAAGUGUACAAGUUAUUGCUUAGAUACUACAAUGAAGAAUGCAGAAACUGUUCCACCCCUGGACCAGACAUCAAGCUUUAUCCAUUCAUAUACCAUGCUGUUGAGUCAAGUGCAGAGACCACUGACUAGCCAGGACAGAAGGCAGGCACCUGAGGAACAAGUGACUAGGACCUCCUCUCAAAGAGACAUCCUAUUUGAAAUGUGGGGUGUGAUGUCUGAAUUGACUGAAUCUGAUCUAAGUGUGUAUAUAAUCCACAUUUGUAAUCAAGGAUGCAGUCUCUUCUGCAUAUGCAGUUGUUUCUUGUUCAUCCUGGUGGACAUGCCUUUAGACAUGGCUUCUUCAAUUUUUCUUCUCCUUCAGUCUUUAUUCUUUGAUUUUUUUUUUCCAACUUGAUUUCUUGGGAAAACUCAAGAAAGGUUGCACUCAGCUUCUAGAUCUUUCUCUUCCUGUCUGUGUGUUGUCCAGACUGCUUUGGUGGCUAGCAGAUACCAUCACACUUGGAGGAAGUUACAAAUCCAGAAAUCUGAGUUUGCUGCAGAUUUACCUGUGAGCUUCUCACUCCCAACCCUUGUUAGGCUUGUGUUGUCUACAUUUUCAAUUUUGGAAGUUGAAGUUUUUCUUAUGUUACUUAAUGCUAGUAUCUUUUAGGCUAAAACUAUUUUCUAUUUAAGGCAGACUAAUUUCCAGUUUCUCUUUUGAAACAUCAUCCCUAUAAGUAACGGUUUUUUUCGUCCUUUUUUCCCCAGCGCUAUUUUAGAAGCUGGCCAAGAGGAAAGAAAAUGUAGAAUAAAAGGAUUUUCCUCGGAUGCUAUAAAGAAGCCAGGUUCAAGAGCGUUGGGGUUUUUGUUUUUUUCAAGACUUGUUUUUCCUUUGCAGCUAGGGUGAGUGCUUGUUCUGUGGUGCUGAGGGCAUAGUCCUGUAACCAAAGGUCUUUGCUGGAGACUUGAUGCUGAUUUGUACAUAUGGAAGUUUCUCUGGCAGGAAAUAUUAGAGUUAAUAAAUUUCAUUAAUAAAUCAUUUGUCAGAAACUCCCAUGCCACUUAUAUUUUAUUCAUACAUAUAAGCAUUUGUGUUGUGUCUGCAGGAGUACAUAAAACCCACCAACCAAGGACAGAGGACAAUGAGGUCUGAGCUUUUGAAAAGCCCUGUUUCAAAUCUUUUACUCACAAUUGUAUUUUUAAAACCAUCAACAAGAUAACCUAUAAUCGAUGUCUGUGAGGCUAAUCUGGAAACCAAAGCCAGUCUUACAUUAACUGAUUAAAAUGAAAUCAUGAAAACCCUUUUUCAGACUUCCAAAGUUCUGGUUCCAGUCUAGCUGUCAGCAAAAGCCAAUAAAAGUCAAGUCCUGAUACCACAAAGCUUUUGUUAGAUGCUCUGAGCUCCUUUGCCAGCACUGGCAGAAAAAAAAAUGGGUCCUGGUCCAGAGCCUUAGCUCUUCCCUUUUGUACAAAAAUCGGGAGGAUAAUGGGCUUUGGCCCGAAGGCUACCAGUUGUCAUUGAUGAAGCUCUUUACUGCAACAACUAAGACUUUUUUGAUCAAAUCACAAAUCUAGAGGAGUCUGGCCUUAUCCCCACUGAUGCUAAAAUCUCUUUCCCUUCCAGCUAUUCUAUGCUUUGCUAACAGAUUUAUGGAUAUAUUUUAUUUCCUUCUCUUUCUAUUCCCACACCUCUUUCUCUUAGUCAGUCAAAUGAUGACGCAAGUAAUUGUAACAAAAAUUAUAGAGCCAGGCUAGAGGACCGCUGAUAAUCCAGAGGACAGAAGCUUCCGCCCAGCUCCCAGUUUGUGCAGGGGUUGUGACAUGGCCAUCUACUAGCUGCCUCAUAUAGGGUUGCCAGGAGUGAAGCCUGAUGAGGUGACUGUCAGUGUAUCUUGGUAUCAGUAUGUCCUGCUGGGCUCAGAUUAAUGAAGCAGAACCGACUGAUGAGGGACAGUUACACAGAGAACACAACAGAGCUAGUCCGUGUUUCCUUCUAUCCCACCCGCAUGUCCGAGGCUCACUUUAGGAAGGAGUUUCAGUGUGCCUCUGUACAGGCAAAAAUGAGUGACGUCUCCCCUGUACUCAGAGUGAGGUUGAAUGACCUAGAACCCAAAAUGGCAUUUUCUUUUUACUGCCUUGUUCCAGUUUAACCCAGAGAAACCAGUUGCAUCGUUUUGCUGUCAGUUGGAAAACCAGUAAGAACCCACAUUAUGUCCGUUCACCAGAACUGAACUUUAUAGACACUUGACUUUGAAGAGUUGCAUAACAAGUGACUUAACACAUAGUGUGGGUGAGCUGUCUAGACUCCUUAACAGUGCUCACGUCAGUAGGCCCUGAACUCGGAGGAAGCAGCUCUGAAGGGUAAAGAGGACAAUAGAACACACGUGACAUGGAGGUGCAAAGGUGUCCACUAGGAGCAGAGGGUUCAAGGGGUGCAGGGUAUGCCCAAGAAUUGGGAAGAAAAGGAACAAACAAACAAAAAAAAAAUGCCAUAAUGAAGCCUAGUACUUUGUAUGUCAAAUAAAUAACUAGUUUUUAAAAGUG